GGAACCUUUGUCUUCACUCGGCUUUUUACGUCGGAUUUAUUUUCACCCGGCACCGCUCUAGUUUGGCUGUGUAGCUCGCUGUACUAUACAUCCAUGGUGUACCUUCUUUAGCUAAUAAUUUGAUGUAUUUUUGGCGAUAAGACCUUGUGUUUUUGUUCAUCGAUGCCACUAAAGGAUCAAUCAAAUUCGACCGUCGCCAUGAAACCAGCAGUGGAUGAGAUGUUUCCUGAGGGCGCGGGACCGUACGUUGAUCUGGAUGAGGCUGGGGGAAGCACAGGACUGCUGAUGGACCUGGCUGCCAAUGAAAAGGCAGUUCACUGCGACUUCUUCAAUGAUUUUGAGGAUCUGUUUGAUGACGAUGACAUCCAGUGACCGAGACUAACACGUCUUCAGAGUAAUGACGGAUGAUAUUCACACCACUCCACUUUUCUUUUUCUUUUUUUUUGGUGGAAAGGAAACCAACCAUUUACUGUCUAAUGACAUACAAUUGCCUUUCAUAGUUGUCCUAGGUUCAGUCUUUUUUUAAAACAUCCUUCAAAAGUCGUGACCCGCUCCAGAUGUUGUGAAAUUCUUAACAUCCCAAGGAUUCCUUCAUAUAUGGUAUGUUAAAAUUAUGAGCUUGUAUUGUGCUCAUGUCUUCGACUGCUUCUAAACAGGAUUGCAGGUUUUAGUGUGUUGGAGAACACCUGUUCAGAGCGUAAUUAUACAUGUGAUGGGCAGAGGCUCCAUAUGCUGUCGCCCUUAAACAUGCGGCAGAUGGCAUAUGAUGAAUGAUGGUCUGCUAAAAUGACUUAAAUUAUUUGUAUAACGUGCAUGAUAGUCACAUACAGUACAUUCUGUGUGUUUGGUUUUAUAGCUGCAGUCCUGUUCCAUCAUUCAUUUGCACCUGUGUACAGUAGUUAUGGAUCCACACUUGUAUUUUUGUGGUCAAAAAUCAAUAAAUAGCAUUUUGUAUAAAAGAA